AUGAGAGUUCACCCGUCCUUCCUAGGCACUCUUGCCCUCAGCGCGAGCACCCUAGCAUCCGCCGAGCUCAACGUCCGCACGGUUUACCAAUUCGCCUCCAACGACACCUGGCUCGAGAACCUAGCCGUCCGAUCCAACGGCCUCAUCCUCGCAACCGAGAUCGGGCCCCCAGCAAGCCUCCUCUCCUUCGACCCGCGCUCCUCAUCCCCGAAGAAGAACGUCAUCCACACCUUCUCCAGCGUCCUCGGCCUCUCCGGCAUCACCGAAGCAGCCCACGACGUCUUCUACGUAACCGGCGCCAACACCACCAGCGACAACAUCUCGGACCCUCCCAAAAACGCCACGCACAUCUGGCGCGUCGACUUCACCACCAACCCCGACACCCCAGACAUCAAGCUCAUCGCCCGCCCCACCGCACCAACUGGCUUCAACGGCCUAGCGGCCUUCAACGAGACCAUCAUCCUCGCCUCAGCUUCCUACCACAAGACUCCAUCUUCGCCCAUCAACGGACUCAAGGUUCAAGAUAAUUUCGUCUACUGGACUGCCAACGGUGCUCUUUACAGAGCAGAGCUCUAUUCGAAUGUGACUGCUGGUCCUGGAGAGCUUAUUGUCCAGUCUACUGCUUUUGACGAUUUUGCUGUUGCGCCAGAUGGGCUCCGUGCUGCCAGUGGAAGAAAGUUCGCGUAUGCGGCUACGGCGGCAAUGAAUACGAUCAUGCAGAUUAGCUUUGAUUUGCAGGGUGGGAGGAACCUGACGAGUGUCAUUGCCGGCAGUUUGGAUUCUACGGAGGUUGCGGAGCCGACGGGGUGUGCGUUUGGGAGGGGCGAGGGCGAGAUGGAUUGGUUGUAUGUCACUACUGGUGGUGCGAGUGCGGUGAAUGUGGAUGUGGACGGGGUGGAGGUUGCUGUUGGGGCGCAAUUGUUGGGUAUUAAGCUCAAUUGA